AUCAACAUCUCUAUCUCUCCCUUCAUCAAGUCAUUUGAGAUUCAAGAACUUUCAGUCAAUCAAAACCCUAAUUUGAAAAUGUCAGGCCGUGGAAAGGGCGGAAAAGGGCUAGGAAAGGGAGGAGCAAAGCGUCAUCGGAAAGUUCUCAGGGAUAACAUCCAGGGAAUCACAAAGCCGGCGAUCAGGAGACUGGCGAGGAGAGGAGGAGUGAAGAGGAUCAGUGGUUUGAUCUACGAAGAGACGCGAGGUGUUCUCAAGAUCUUUUUGGAGAAUGUCAUUCGUGAUGCUGUUACCUACACUGAACACGCUCGUAGGAAGACUGUGACAGCCAUGGAUGUUGUGUAUGCUUUGAAGAGGCAAGGAAGAACUUUGUAUGGAUUCGGAGGUUAAUAGAUGUAUGAGGUGGAUAGUGAAUAUUAUGCUUCAAUUAUUGUAAUGAAUCAUGUAGAACUUGGAACGAAUUGGUUCUUACAUUUCAAACUUUGUAAUCUGGAUCUGUAACUGAAUGAAAUUCUUACCUGUUUCGAGAACAAA